AUUUCUCAGCCAACGGAGCCUCACAUACAGGUGUAGAGCGAGUGCAAGCUUUGGUCUGAUCCCAUAGAAAUAAAUUUCAAAACCAUUUACAAAAAGACAAAAAAGAAAUAAACCAAAAACUCCCCAAAACCAAAUAAGGAUUAUAUGGAUAUUUAAUAAAAAAAAAAGUGAUUUUUACUCAACAGAAAAAAAACUAUAACAAUAUUAUAACUGAAUAUAAAAUAAAGUGCAAUAACCUUAAACCUAAAAAUUUGUGGAUUCUAUUGAAAUUUUUUAAAAGAAAAUAGAAAAAAAUAUUGCAAAUUUUGAAAAAAAAGCAAUAAACUAGAACAAUAAGAUUUCAAAAGUGCUAAAGUGCCAUAACUCUUUUUUUAUAAAUUAUUUAUAAUAAUAUAAUAAAAAAUACAAAACUUAAUUACAACAAUUUUUAAAACAAAAUGUGGAAAUUUGCUGUGUUAUUACUAUGCCUAAGUGGAUAUUGUUUAGGCGGUCCUGUAGGUCUUAAGCGCAAUAUGCCCAUUGUGCAGCAAAGAGAUGAUGCUGCUGUAGCGAUGGCAGAAGCCGAAGAACCAGCCGCCAAUGUAGAUCCCAAUGAAAUGAUGAUCAUGUCUACAUUAACUUUGCCAAGUAAUGCCACAUCCAUUAGAGCUGAUAUAACUGAUGGAUUUUCAUGUGAAAAUAAGACUUAUGGUUAUUAUGCUGAUGUGGAUAAUGAUUGUCAAAUCUUCCAUGUAUGCUUGCCAGUUACUUAUGCCGAUGGUAAGGAGAAUACCUUCCGUUGGAGUUUCAUUUGUCCCGAAGAAACUAUUUUCAGUCAGGAUUCAUUUACUUGCAUGCGUCCCGAUGAUAUGGCUAUAACUUGUGAAGAAUCCUAUCAAUAUUACGAAUUGAAUCGUAACUUUGGUAUGGUGGAAUCUGAAAAGGAAACCACUAAUGAAGCUGUCAAUGAGAAUGCUGAAAGCAAUGAAACUAUUGUGGAAGCUGAGGUAGAGCCUGAAGCCUCAAAACCUAUGGUGCAAGAAGAACCCAUUGGUCAAUUUAAGCCCGUGAAAGUACAAAAGCCUUUGCGUAGAAAACCCUCCGUUUCCUAUGCUACACAAAAGAAACCGGUCUCUAGCUAUCCCCUGCGUAAAAUGCCUCAAGCUCAACCACAAAUGUCUGAAACUCCUGCUGUACAAGCCGCCGAAGAUGUCAAUGAAGCUGUCCAACCUUUUGCCGAGGAAGAAAUCAAGCCUUUAGUACAAAAAUUCUCUAGCAGACGUCCUGUUCCUGUUAUGUCAAAUACAUUCAAAGAUAAAAUGCAAAACACUAAAACUGAAAGCGUAAUUGGUACCAGAACUGAAUUGUUUAAUCAAAAAAGAAAACGUCCCACUAUGUUCAACAAGAAACCCGCGGAACAGGAACAACAACAAGAAGAAGAAGAGGUAAAAAUUGAAGCUGAACAACAGAACUUUUCUAACAUGGAAUCUGAUGUGUCAAACACCAAUACUGAAACUCAAGUGGCCGAUAGUGAAAUCGAAGCCUCAGAAACCAAUCAUGUCUUUGUAAAACCAGAAGAAGUUAAUGAAAUGGAAACAGCUGCUGCUGUUGCGGAACCAGAGAAGAUCUCAGAACCUGUACAAGUUUUAGAGGCUUUCGAAGAAAUUCCUGCUGUUAUCUCUGAAGUUGUAGAAACUCCCACUGCCGAAGAAGAAGAGAGCAAGAACGAAGCUGUUAUGCCUGCUGUAAGUGUGGAAGAAGCUGAAUAUCCCGAAAAAUCAGAAGUUAUGGAAGAAGCACAAAAUGCUGAAGAAACUCAAACCGCUGAAGAAGAAGUCCAAACUGCCGAAGAAAUGCAAACACCUGAAGAAGAAUCCCAAAAUGCCGUAGAAACGCAAGCUGCCGAGGAAACUCAAAACGCUGAUGAAACUGUUCAAGAAACACAAGUUGCCGAGGAAACACCUGAAGUUCAUCAAACUCUAAGAACAUCUGCCGAAGCAACUCAAAAUAGCGAAGAAUCCCAAGUUGCUGAAGAAACCCAAGUUGCUGAUGAGGAACCCACUGCCGAAGAAACUCAAGCUUCAGAAGAAGCACAAGCUGCUGAAGAACCUCAAGUCGUUAAAGAGGUUCAAGCUGUCGAGGAAGCCCAACCUGCUGUAGAAACUCAAGUCGUUGAUAAAGUACAAACCGUUGAGGAAGCUCAACCAGCUGAGGAAACCCAAUCUGCUGAAGAAACCCAAACCGCUGAAGAUUUCAAAACCGCCGAAGAAACUCAAGCUGCUGAAGAAACCCAAACCGCUGAAGAAACUCAAGCUAAUGAAGAAAAUCAAGUUCCAGAAGAAUAUCAAGCUGCUGAAGAACCUCAAGUCGCUGAAGAAACUCAAACUGCUGAAGAAACUCAACCCGCUGAGGAAACUCAAGCUUCUGAAGAAGUCCAACAACCUGAAGAAACUCAAGCUGCUGAAGAAACCCAAACCGCUGAAAUAGUCAAAACUGCCGAAGAAACUCAAGCUGCUGAAGAAACCCAAACCGCUGAAGAAACUCAGGCUGCUGAGGAAACACAAACUGCCGAAGAGGAAACCCCAGAAGUAAACCAAAGUCUGAGAACCUCCGCUGAAGAAAACCAAAACUCAGAAGAAACUCAAGUUGCCGAAGAAGUUCAAGCUGCUGAUGAAGUACCAGCACCUGAAGCUGUUGAAGAAUCUCAAGUAGCCGCAGAAACUCAAUCUGCUGAAGAAACCCAAAAAAUAGAAGAAAUGCCAAUGGCUGAAGAAGAAGUCCAGCCACUGAAAGAAACGGAAAACGCAGAAGAAGCUCAAAGCGUAGAACAAUCUCAAGACAAUGAAUCAAUUGUUGCUGAACAAACUCAAGAAGCUGAAGAAGCCGCUGCCGCCGAAGAAACUUUAGCUGUUGAAGAACCUCAACCAGUCGAGGUUGUUGCCCCAGUGGAAAAAGAACAACAAAAUGUUGAAGAAACUGAAACCGUAGAAGAAGCUAAGCCUGUUGAAGAAGAAGUAAAUGUAGUCCCUGAAUUCCCUGCCUCUGAAGAAACUGUUGUGGUUAAAUCUGAUAAUGUAGCUGAACCUGCAAUUUUCGAAGAAAACUCUGAAGAAGGCGCCAAUGUAGCACCAGUUCAAACUAUUGAAGAAAUGGAAUCUGAAAAGCCCGCUGAAGCUCCCGAAUCCAUGCCAGCUACUGAAGAAAUGAGCCAUCCCGAUGCUAUGGUUCAACAAAUGUACGAAGAUAUGGAUGCCAACAAACAAUCUAUUGGUGGUUUUAAACCAGUCGAUCCUGUUAUGGCUCAUGAAGCUGAACAAUUGAUUGUCGAUUUUAUCAACACUUUGAGAAAGAACGACUUCACCAAUGAGACACCUGGCAUGCAUAUGGAACAUCAUGUUGAUGAAGUAGCUGAACAAGAGCAAUCUCAGGAAAACGCUGCAGAAGUACAAGAAGUUGAAAAGGUAGAAAGCAAUGAAGUAAACCAAGAAGAAGCCGAAAAGGUUGUAGAGGAAGGGAAGACCCAUGAAGUCGAAGAGGAAACUCAACCUGAAAUUACCGAACCUCUUGCCGAUUCUGUGGAAAACAAUGCCGAAGAAACGCAAGAUACUAAUGAAGAUGAGGAACCUAAACAGGAAAACGAAGUAGUAGCUAAAGAAAUUAGCGAAGCCAAUGAAUUCAAUGCUUUAAAAUCUUUGGAAACCCAAAGUGCUGAAUAUAUGGAAGAGUCACAAAAAUCCGAAGAAGCUCCUGUUGAAACCAUGAAUAUGCCUUUAGAAAUGCAACAUAUUCCCGUCCAAGUUAUCAACACUCCUGUAGAAGAAGUUCCUAUGCACAAACCUUUCUCUUAUGAAAGUGAUGUUGAACCCAUGGAAUUGACUUCCAGUACUGAAGAGAAAGUAGCAGAAGAAGCUCCCGCUAUGGUCAUGGGUGGUUACAAACCUUUGAGCAUUGAUGAUAUUGUAGAAUUAGUUAAGGAACGUUUAGAUCAUAUGCCCAAAAAUGAAAUGGAAACUCCCAUGCAAUUGGAACAAGUCAUCGGUGGACCCCAAGAAGAUAAAGCCGCUGAAGAGAAAGUAGAAGAAGAACAACAAAUGUCAGCUCAAGAGGAUGAAGAACCACAACAACAAGCUAGCCAAUCUGAAGAGGAAAUUGUUAUGCCCAUUUACCAACGCUUCAUCCAACCCGCUAAAGUAGAUGCUGGAGUCCAAACUGAAGAUCUUGAACAGGCUGUUAACAGUGAAUCAACCGAUGUCGCCGAUGCUGAUGUUCAAGAAAAAUCAAGUCGCUACUAUAGAUCUCGCAGUAUGUUAACUCCAAAAUUAGACCCCCGUAAACGUCGUUUCCUUUUCAAAGCUGACUCCAGCUAAAUCUUCUGUUACUUCAACAAUCUCUCUCGAACAUUGAGAGAUUGUGUCUUCGUAUCUGAGCCAUUUAACCCGCCCAAAAUCUUAUUAUUUUAGAUUUUUUACAUAUUCUUCUUACUCUGCGUUUCGUGACUCUCUUUAUCAACUCUACUCUGUCUUUUUCUCUAUCUCUCUAUUACUAUUUAACGUUUUCCUCUUUAUUUAAUUGCAUGUGUUUUUUAAGGAUAAAUCAAUGAGUGAGAUCAUUGUUUUUAUUUACCUUUAUCUAUAACUUUAUAAAUUAUAAUUAUUUUCUUAAAAAUUUAAAACAAAAAAAAAACAAAAAAAGAUAAACAUCCUGUAUACAAGGAUGUGAUUUCUUGUAAUGUAGAAUUUAAUUUAGAUUUUUAUACGGCUGUUUUAUACGAAUUUUAUAGAAUGGCUUAAUUAUUUCGAAUUUUUGUUUUGUUAUUUGUUUUGCGAAAUAAAAAAUAAAAAUGAAAUUGUAAUUUGUAUAUCGAUUUUAUUUAAAUAAAAAUUUUAAAUUAAAACAAAAAAAAA